AUGGCAAAGCUACCUGUUGCUGCUAACAACAGCACCUUCGACCACCUUGAGACUUGGAUCUUGAGAGUUUACAUCCAUUGCGAAGGAUGCAAGAAGAAAGUCUUCAAAGUCCUUCAGAGUAUCGAUGGAGUUUAUAAGACCGAAAUCGAUUCACUCCAGCACAAGGCUAUAGUUACUGGAUCCGUAGACGGCGAUACUCUCGUCCAGAAGCUUCUAAAAUCUGGUAAGCACGCGGAGGUGCUGCCGGAGAGUUUUGAAGCUAGGGCGGCUGCAGAUAGUGCGCCCGGAAAGUCGAAGAAGAAGAAGAACAAACAGAACAAACAAAAGGAAGGCGAAACAACGCAUGCUGAUAACCAACAUGUCGACGAAGAAAAAGAGGAAUCCGAAGCUGCGACGACUGAAGGAAACGAUGGCGCAAAAGAACAGGAAAUAGCCCAGGCGGGUGUCGCCGCCGGUGAUAGUAACGGUGGUGGAAAGAAGAAAAACAAGAAAAAGAAAGGUAAAGUUGAUAAAAAGGACAAUAACGCACCACCAAACGGUGUUACCCAAGGCCUACCUGCGGGCAAUGCACCGGAGAUAAUGGCAGAAAAUGUAGGGGCCUCCAUGGAGCAGUUAAAUCUCAGCCGUCCGGGGGUAUACGCGACGCCGUACGAUCUACCCGCAUAUCAGAACUACUACCCCACUCCGGCGUACGGGGUAAGUUACAGUACAACUUACCCAAGUGCUGAAUCAUCAUACUAUACCCCACCGGUGUACGGAUACGCCCAAUCACAUCCAACAUCCGUCUAUUAUCCACCACCACCACCACCCCCGGCGUAUUAUCCUAGAAGCGCGUUUGAUGACCAUGAUGAUGAAAAUAAUGGGCAGGGGAGGGGUUGCAUUAUCAUGUGA